GUGCUGGGUAGCCGUGGGGGGGUGGGGGCUCUGGAUCGGCGGGUUUGGCGGGUGCUCAGGCUGCCGUCCGCUCCGCCUGAAGCGCGGAAGAGCCGAGCCGGGGCCCGCCGCCUUCUUCCUCCAUGAGGCCCGUGUGAGGCACAGCGACAAGAGCCGGCCCGCGGCGCUUCGCCCCCACCGCGCCCUCUCUCGAGCGCAGCGGUAGCGGCUCCCGGAGGAGGAGCAUGUCGGACGGUUUCGAUCGGGCCCCAGGUGCUGGUCGGGGCCGGAGCCGGGGCCUGGGCCGCGGAGGGGGCGGGCCUGAGGGCGGCAGUUUCCCGAACGGAGCGGGGCCUGCUGAGCGGCCGCGGCACCAGCCGCCGCCUCAGCCCAAAGCCCCGGGCUACCUGCAGCCGCCGCCGCUGCGCCAGCCCAGAACGGCCCCGCCGCCCGGGGCCCAGUGCGAGGUCCCCACCGGCCCCCAGCGGCCUCCCCGGCCCGGGGCUUUCCCAGAACAAACGAGGUCCUUGAGAGCUCCACCUAGUUCACAGGAUAAAGUCCCACAGCAGAACUCGGAUUCAGCAAUGGCUAAACCCCAGGUGGUUGUAGCUCCUGUAUUAAUAUCUAAGCUGUCUGUGAACGCCCCGGAAUUUUACCCAUCAGGUUAUUCUUCUAAUUAUACAGAAUCCUAUGAGGAUGGUUGUGAGGAUUAUCCUACUCUAUCAGAAUAUGUUCAAGACUUUUUGAAUCAUCUUACAGAGCAACCUGGCAGUUUUGAAACUGAAAUUGAACAAUUUGCAGAGACCCUGAAUGGCUGGGUUACAACAGAUGAUGCUUUGCAAGAACUUGUGGAACUCAUCUAUCAGCAGGCCACAUCUAUCCCCAAUUUUUCUUACAUGGGAGCUCGCCUGUGUAAUUACCUGUCUCAUCAUCUGACAAUUAGCCCACAGAGUGGCAACUUCCGCCAAUUGCUACUUCAAAGAUGUCGGACUGAAUAUGAAGUUAAAGAUCAAGCUGCAAAAGGGGAUGAAGCGACCCGAAAACGAUUUCAUGCAUUUGUCCUCUUUCUAGGAGAACUUUAUCUUAACCUGGAGAUCAAGGGAACAAAUGGACAGGUUACAAGAGCAGAUAUUCUUCAGGUUGGUCUUCGGGAGUUGCUAAAUGCCCUCUUUACUAAUCCUGUGGAUGAUAACUUAAUUUGUGCAGUAAAAUUACUGAAGUUGACAGGGUCAGUUUUGGAAGAUGCCUGGAAGGAAAAAGGAAAGACUGAUAUGGAAGAAAUUAUUCAGAGAAUUGAAAAUGUUGUCCUAGACGCAAAUUGCAGCAGAGAUGUAAAACAGAUGCUCUUGAAGCUUGUAGAACUCCGGUCAAGUAACUGGGGUAGAGUCCAUGCAACCUCACCAUACAGAGAAGCAACACCUGAAAAUGAUCCAAACUAUUUUAUGAAUGAACCAACGUUUUAUACAUCUGAUGGUGUUCCUUUCACUGCAGCUGAUCCAGAUUACCAAGAGAAAUAUCAAGAGUUACUUGAAAGAGAAGACUUUUUUCCAGAUUAUGAAGAAAAUGGAACAGAUUUAUCUGGGGCUGGUGAUCCAUACUUGGAUGAUAUUGAUGAUGAGAUGGACCCAGAGAUAGAAGAAGCUUAUGAAAAGUUUUGUUUAGAAUCAGAGCGUAAGCGAAAACAGUAAAGUUAAAUUUUGACAUAUUAGUUUUAUAAAGGAGUUUAGGUAUGGUGAUUUAGCAGAACAUGGGAAAGCAAGAAAAUAUUUCACACUUAUACCAAAUUAAGGAUCUUGACUUAUGUUACUAAUGUAUGCAACUUUAAUUUUGUUUAACAUUAUCUGCCAAAAUAAACUUUAUUCCCUAUAACUUAAAAUGUGUAUAUAUAUAUAAUAGUUUAUUAUGUACAGUUAAUUCUGUUUGGGCUGCAAUAAAAUCAAUUUUGAAAUAAAUGAAAUGUUGAAAGUAAAUUUUGCUAGCCGGUUAGAAGCUUAUCCUUUAAAUUCUACUUUUCUUGGGGGAAAAGUCUUAGUUUGGAAAUACGUAUUACUGCAAAACGUAGCAUCCUUUUUUUUUGGAUACAUAUACUUUAGGUUUCAUUUUAGUUUACUUAGUGUCUUGGUGAAUUGGCUUUCAAAUAUGAAUCACAAUCAUGAAAAUCUUUAGAACUAAAGUCUUGGAAUAUAUCAUUAACAACUGACAUUACAUAUGCAGAUGCUAUUUGAUAACAAGGGCUUUUAAAAUGUCAUUAAAAGGAAGAAAGACUUAACUCCCAAAUAAACAAUCAAGACUCUAUUCCAAUUCUAAAAUUGUGCUUUCGGCUACUUUAACAUGUUUAAAAUUUUUUUCACCUGACUAACUUCAUUACCCUAAGGCCUAGAACAUUAUUGUGCUUUAUAUGGCUUCUUAAUUUUUGUUUUGUAGCAUGAGUUGCAUUGACUUUUUUACUAGAGAAUUUUACUAGAUCUUUGUCAUUCAAGUUUUCAUCUGCUUUAUGAUUUAUACACCUUGAGGAUCACUUUUCUAAUACUUUUACUACAAUGUGGUACCACCUCGGCCCUAUUUAGUUAAUAUUUUUACCUAUUGUCAAAAAUCUUUUCCAACUAACUAAAACUUAUGUACAAAAGGAUUGCUUGUAAAUAUGCAUGUAAAUAGUUCUGUUAAUAAUCCACUGUUUUACAUUUCGUACAUUUGUCUGCUAAUACAGUUAGCUUUCUCACUUUUCUGUUCAGUCUGAAAUUAAAAUUAGACUUUGAAAAUAAAAUUUAAAUAGUUUUGUUUCUUC